UCAUGUUCAUCCCUUUGAUUCCUCUGCAACGAGGACUUGCCACCACUUCACUUCCAAACAAGAAACUUUUACCAUAUGGAUGAAAUCUCUGAUCCUAAAUGGAAAUGGCUGUACUGUGUUUAACUCCCAAGGCCAAAUUGCGUAUCGUGUUGACAAUUAUGACAUCAGGUGUGCACAUGAAGUUUUUCUCAUGGAUCCAAAAGGCAAUGUCUUGUUUACCAUACUCAGAAAGAGGCAUAAGUUCACAAGGGUUUGGGAGGGCUACAGAUACAAUAAUGAUCAGAAAGAACCAAACUUUCGAGUCAGAUCAUCAAAAUUAGGCUGCAGGGUUCAAAGAGAAGGUUUGACGACAUACGAAGUUAUGCUUGGACUGGACAAGAAUCAACCAUAUUCUCACACAAUUGAAAGCAGCACUGGGAAGUCAUCUUUUUGCAAAAUCUCAGAUCAGUUCGGAGGGCUAGUUGCUUGGUUAAAAAGAAAGAAGGCAAGCUGUGGAGUAGAUUUGGGAGAAGAUGUCUUGUCAAUGGUAGUGGAACCAAAUAUAGACCUUUCUCUUAUUAUGGGGCUUGUUGUUGCUUACUGCCUCAUCAACUCUAAAAUGUAAUGUUUAGUGGUUAGAAUUAAUAUAGUUGUACUUCAUUAUAGCUGGAGAUCAACCCUUUAUAUAAUUUACA